AUGAACAAGGCGGCAGAUGUACCUUACGAGCUUCCUUGGGUCGAAAAAUACCGGCCUCUGCUACUUGACGAUAUUGUAGGCAACCAGGACACGAUUGAACGGUUGAAAAUCAUUGCCCGGGAUGGAAAUUGUCCCCAUAUCAUCAUCUCAGGUCUUCCAGGUAUUGGGAAAACGACAAGUAUUCACUGUCUAGCCCACCAGCUUCUCGGUGACGCGUAUAAAGAGGGAGUGCUGGAAUUGAACGCGUCUGACGAACGUGGCAUCGAUGUGGUCCGGAGCAAAAUCAAGGCAUUUGCCCAAAAGAAAGUGACGCUCCCGCCAGGUCGGCAUAAAAUUGUCAUUUUGGACGAGGCGGACAGCAUGACACCGGGUGCUCAACAAGCGCUACGUCGUACGAUGGAAAUAUUCUCCAAUACCACCCGCUUCUGUCUUGCAUGCAACAUGAGCAACAAAAUCAUCGAGCCUAUACAAAGUCGAUGUGCCAUCCUGAGAUAUGCCAAACUGAAAGACCAAGAAAUAUUGAAACGCUUGCUGGAGAUUUGCGAAAUGGAGAAAGUCGAAUACAACGAUGACGGCCUGACUGCUUUGAUUUUCACGUCAGAAGGUGAUAUGCGGCAAGCGAUCAACAACCUGCAAUCGACGCAUUCUGGCUUUGGCUUCGUCUCUGGAGACAACGUGUUUAAAGUCUGCGAUCAGCCGCAUCCCGUUAUCAUACAGGCCACCAUUCGGGCUUGCCUGAAAGGCGACGUUGACACCGCUGUGGAUAGGUUGAAUGAGCUAUGGACACAAGGAUAUAGUGCUGUGGACAUUGUUGUCACCAUUUUCCGGGUUGUGAAGACAUUUGAUGAAAUGCCCGAAUACACCAAGCUUGAGUACAUCAAGGAAAUCGGCUUUACACACAUGAGAAUUCUGGAGGGUGUGGGGACACUUGUCCAGCUUGCAGGACUCGCUGCUCGGCUGUGUAAAGUGCACCUAAAACCCGAGCUCUUUGCCGUUUGA